UCCCACUAUGGUACAGUUGCAGUGCAAUUCUAAAACAGUCUAGAGAUCUCAAACUGCAGUUAAAUAAUGUAUGGUUCAAAAUAUAUUAUCAUCACACUAUAUGUCUCGGGCAGUAUUGCAUGAGUGGCGAAGCUGUGCUAGUCUAUGCUGGGGAAUAGUAAAACGUUUGAAAACUGUUUGAGAUGAUAAUCGGUGCUCGAAUCAGGUUUGCAAGAUCAUUGGUUUUCCAUUUCUGCUCGGGCAAUCUGGAUAUAAGAAAUUGGCUUUUUUUUUUUAAAGAGGGAGCAGUGAUGACGGAUCUGGCCUGGGGUUCCUGUACAGUGACAGGAGAUGGCGAUGGAGAGGAUGAAGACACAGGCCCCAGUGAGGUGUAUCUGAGCAUGGUGUGUCAUCGCGGGCAGCUGGGAGUGGCGUACUAUGACACUGCGGACUACAGUGUGCACUACAUGCCAGACACACAAGAUGACUUCAACCUCAAACUGCUAGACAAAGUUAUUGAAGAGGUCCAGCCACUCUGCAUCAUUUCAAGUGCUAAACAGGAUCGCAAUGUUUCAGAGCGCCUAAAGAAACUGAGCAGCACUCAAGAUAAACCAGAAGUAGUCCUCUACCCCAGUGCUGAUUUUGGUAUUGAGAUCAGUAAGCAAAGAGUGUUAUCAGCUCACCUGCCCUUCGUUCCAGCCGGCCUGACUGAAGCUGAGCGCAUUACCUACCUCUCCUCUCUCCUCCCCUUCGACUGCCUGCAGAUGAUGUGUGCUGUGGGGGGUCUCCUCAGGUUUAUGGAGAGAAGGAGAGUGGGGGUGGAGCUGGAGGACAGCAGUGUGAGGGUGCCCAUCCUCGCCUUCAAACAAUUUCUGCUAAACAAUCUGGUGUACAUAGAUCACGACACAUACUGUGUUCUGCAGAUUUUCAAAGCUGAGCCCCAUCCCUCCAUAUACAAACUGGCUUCAGGAGUCAAGGAAGGCAUGAGCCUGUACGGAAUUCUGAACCGCUGCAAGUCCAAGUUUGGAUCCAGGCUGAUGCGCCGCUGGUUUCUCAGACCCACUCGGGACCUGGCCGUGCUGAACAUGCGUCAGGAGGUGAUCGAGUUCUUCACCUCCCCGCGGAACAACCAGGUGCUGACAACACUGCAGGACUGCCUGAAGAACAUCAAGGGCAUCCCGGCUAUGCUGAGGAGAAUGGCCCUGUCUAACACCAAAGUGAGUGACUGGCAGGCCCUCUACAAGAUAUCGUACAAUGCUGUGUGUAUCAGAGACACAGUGAGCUCCCUGCCUCAGUCUGUGCAGCUCUUUAGAGAAAUCUCCCAGGCUUUCAGUGAGGACCUGCACUACAUAUCCAGCCUGAUCAGCAAAGUGGUGGAUUUCGAGCUCAGCAUUGCGGAGAAACACUUUACCAUCAAACCCAACGUGGACCCUGCCAUUGAUGAAAAGAAGCGCAAGAUGAUGGGUCUGUCUGACUUCCUGACUGACGUGGCGAGGAAAGAGCUGGACAAUCUGGACAGCCAGAUUCCAUCCUGCAGUGUUAUCUACAUUCCACUGAUUGGAUUCCUGCUGUCCGUGCCUCGCAUUCCCAGUAUGGACGAGAACAAGGACUUUGAAAUCGAAGGUCUGGAUUUCAUGUUCCUGUCUGAGGACAGACUACACUACAGGAGCCAGAGGACUAAGGAGUUGGACACUAUGCUCGGAGACCUGCACUGCGAGAUACGCGAUCUGGAGACGGCAGUGAUGACGCAGCUGCAGGAGAAGGUGGUGGAGAAGGGCCCGGUCCUGUACCAGGUGAUGGAGUACUCCGCCCAGCUGGACUGCCUCAUCUCCUUGGCGCUGGCUUCCAGAGAGUUCUCCUACUGCAGACCGACCCUGUCCACCGAGCACAGCAUCAGCAUCCGGGACUGCAGGCACCCCCUGGUUGAGAUGUGCACUGGCAUGUACGUGUCGAACCCGGUGCUCAGCUCUGCAGACGAGGGCAAGAUGAAGGUGAUCACAGGACCCAACUCCUGCGGCAAGAGCGUCUACCUGAAACAGGUGGGGCUGGCUGUGUUCAUGGCUCUGGUUGGCAGCAAUGUUCCUGCGUCAGAGGCUCACAUUGGCCUGGUUGAUGGGAUCUACACGCGCAUGCAGAGCCGGGAGUCGGUGUCAGUGGGUCUGUCGACGUUUAUGAUCGACCUCAACCAGAUGGCCUGUGCUGUGAACAAUGCCACAGAGAGAUCCUUGGUCCUCAUUGAUGAGUUUGGUAAAGGAACCAACACAGUGGACGGCUUGUCCCUGCUGGCAUCCUCUCUGAGACACUGGCUCCAUCCUGGACAGGCUUGUCCCCAUGUCUUCAUUUCAACAAACUUCCACAGCCUGUUCCAACUCAACCUGCUGCCUGAGAGUCCACUCCUGAGCUACCAGACCCUGGAGACUGCUGUGGACGGGGAGGAGCUGGUUUUCUUCUACCAGCUGAGAGAGGGCGUGUCGACCUCCAGCUACGCUGCCAACAUCGCCACCCUGGCCGGGAUGCCUGCCAAGAUAGUGCAGAGAGGGGUGGAGGUGUCAGAGCUUUACCGGGCAGGAAAGUGUAUCAAGCGCCUGGACCAGUCCACCUCCCAAGAGCAGUUUGACAGGUGUAAAGAGCUGGUGAACAGGUUCCUGCGCCUGGAUCUUGAGGACCUCAGUGUUGACCUGCAGGAGUUCAUGAGAACAGAGGUGCUGUUCGCUGCUGCUUCAGUCUUGUAGCGCAGGCUGCAAACAAGGGAAUGCCUUUGGUCUUUCAUACAGAACUGAAUGUGAGAAUAGUAGUCUUGUACUAGGAGACAUGGAAAGGGGGUCGACUGGACAGCUUCUCUUCCAUUAGUGAGAAGACAAUAUUUUACCACAAGUGACAGAAAGAGGGAGAUCUGGACAGACCAACUGAUUUAUGGGAGAAGACUCCAAUCUCGUCAUUAACAUAAGGGAGUCUUUUCAGUCAUCUCAUGUACAAGCUACUGUCUUUGUACUAUUGAGACAGGAAAACAGGGUUGGGGCUUCACUGAACAUAUCCGAGAGAGAGAGAGAGAGAGAGAGAGAGACUGGAAGCCAACCCUGUUUUAAGAAUACUGCCUUGUAACUAACAGACAUGAACCUGGCCAGUCAUCUCCCUUUCAAUCUCUCUUUUAUAGUACAAGAUGGUCCUGUCACUCCCUAAUGUCAUCGUGUUCAUUGAGUUAUAUCAGAAAUGCAUAAAAUGGUUUUCAG